AUGAAUGGUGCAAAUUCCAAUAUACAGAACUCGUCUGUACGAGUUGCAAAACCACCUCCGACUGGUCCUGCCCCUCCUGCCCCUACCAUUGCUCCUCCAGUUCCACCACAUAAUGCACAUAGCGCACACCAACCGCCAGUAAACCGACCACCUACACAUAACAAUACAUCUACUCCAGUCAACGGCACCCAUUCCCAUGUCCAGAAAGGAAAGAAGAAGAAUGAACCACCCGUCGAUCCUGCCGCCAUGUAUGAGAGUCUCAAGAGUAGGAUUGCAGCCCUGGAGGAAGAGGAGGUCCUAGAAGAGGAGGAGGAGCGAAAGUUUGCUGAGGAAGCCGUCAAGUCUGUCAAGGGCAUGGAGGAGAACGCCGUUCACGCGAAGUACAUCGAGCUUUUCGCAGAAUUGAAGCGGUUAGAACGAGAUCAUGCUAAAGAGAAACAGAAACUGGUUAAAGACAAGGAUGCAGCUAAAAGUCAAUUGACGAAAGCAAACCAGACUAAGACAAAGAUGGAAAAUCUGGCCCGCGAACUACAGAAGGAUAACAAAAGGCUGAGAGAAGAUAGCAAGCGACUGGCCCGGUGUGUGGAGGAUGCGCAAGACGAGAUUUUACAGAUGAAAAAUGAUCUCGCCAAGCGAGCGGAUAAGGCGAAAUUACAAGACAUCAAAUAUCGCGAGAUGCCAGACAUAGUGGUAAAGGUAGUUUGCAGAUAUCGAGCUGAGCUUUUCUUCAAGAUUUCGAGGAAAACAAAGUUUUCCCGGUUAUUCAAUGCUUGGACCGACAGAAUGGAGAGCACGGGUGGGAAGAAGAGUGAGGGGAAGAGUGGGUCUGGUGUAAAUGCACAGAUGAAUGGGUCUGCCAAAUCCGAUGCAGCAAGCACGCAAACUACUGGACCGUUGGUCUCAUCAUCCAUGCAAUUCGUCUUUACGCAUAAUGGAAAGACGGUGGAUUCUGAUCAGACACCAGAGGAAGCAGGAAUGGAAGAUGGAGAUGAGAUUCUUGCUGUCGAGUUGAUGGAUUUGACUGAAGGUCCCGGAACAGAAGACUGGGAUGAGUUGUCUGAACCGCGACGCCAGAAGUUGAGGAAGAACUGGACAGACAGUCCGCUUGAGGCCAGGCGGACAUUGGAAGACAUCUUUGACGGCGUUGUACGAGAGCGUCUAAAGGAAGUGCUCCGACAGUACGAGCUUCGUGAACGACAUUUUGAAUGCGUCAUCCGUUCUAAAGAAUUGGAAGUGUUACUCUCUCGAGCUAGGGCUGCAGAACAAAAACAGCUAGCCGAGGGGGAGAAGACACGCGCUGAUAAAGCUGAAGGCGAGAACCAUCAUCUUCGGAAAGAGCUAGAAGACGCGCAAAAUGGACAAACUAUGCUUAUCGAUAAGCUUAUUACCUGCUGUAAAGAGCCAAAUGCAGAACGUACGCAACGCCUAUUUGCCUCUUUGCGGGAAGAACUUGAGAAGAAGGGUACUAAACUGGCCGAUGGUCCUGUGGGCGGUUGA